CCCUCAUAACAAACGAACCCGGAAGUAUCCGACAAUCCGGCGAUUGAAAGAGACUCGACGACUUGCAGUUUCCUCGUUAAGAAAUACCUGAAUUUCGAUCAUCUAUCUGCAUAAAUUGCUUGACCCCGGGAGCUUUAUACAGAGAGUUUGCUACUGAAUCAGACGGCACCAUGCCGUACCUUGACGUCCAGGGUAGGAUAUGCGGUUUCAUGAACUUUGAGCAGGAUGAGGAGAGCGGCCGUUUCUUCCGGAGGUACUUCGUCAUUUCGCUGGAAGACGACUGCAUUCUGUGCUACAUGGAUAACCCCAUGAAUUUACCCGAAGCUGCCAGAAGACCCAUAUUAGAAAUUCAACUCACAAAUAUUUCAAAUGCUCGAAUUGCUGAAAAACAAAGGCCUAAAGUAGAAUAUUGUUUUGUUGUGACGACAUCAAAGCGAGAGUUCUACUUCCAGGCUGACAAUCACAGAGACAUGGAAGACUGGGUGAACAGAAUCAACAAUGCCAGCAAAAUAACAGUACCAUCAUCAGUAGUUCCAGGAGGCACCCUUCCUCUAGGGGACAAGAAUGGGGGCGAUGCGAGGGCGGUCAGUUACAAGACCGAGGUCGUCGGUGGAGUGGUCAUCAGGACGCCGGUCCAGCAAAGCUUAAGUAGGACGCAGGUCGUUAAUGUUCGGCAGACCUCAUUUUGGUGGAAGUUUCAUUUUCCAUGGCGAUUCUACUUUGAAUUCCGCAAGGUCGUCAGCCCGUGUCACAUGACGGUCGGAGCUAACGGCCGCAAGAAUAAGAACAACGACAAGCAGAAGGACUCGAAAAUGCAGAAACCAGGAGCUCAACUCAGCGGUGAGAGCGAAAGUGACGAGGAGGUCAACGUCUACACGCGGGAAGCACCGUCGUCGGAGAGUUCACCCAAGCACGUGGCCGGUUCGAUGGACAAGACAGCGGCACGACUCUUUCCCGGAAGGAAUAUCAUCGAGUCCGGAUGGUGUGUGAAGCAAGGCGCAGUGAGGAAAAGUUGGAAAAGGAGAUACUUCAUCUUAGAUGAUCAAGGAAUAUCAUACUACAAAUCAGAUCAGGAGAAAAUUCCAAUCAGAAUGAUUCCCCUGAAGGAGAUAUCAUCAUGCAAAGUAGCAGAGCAUGGGCCCAGCAUUCAGAGGGAUAACUUAUUUGAAAUCAUCAGUGCAGGAAGGACGUUCUUCGUACAGGCCUAUACGCCGGGAGAGAUGGCAUCGUGGAUUGAGUCCAUUAGCGAUGCGAUCGCCACCAAGAAGAAGGGUCUAGAACAGAGUGUUUUCUAUUUGUGCAAUGAAACCACUGGAUUUGAAAAGCAAGGUACUUUGUAUUCAAACAAUGGAUAACGAUACGUUAUAUACAACAGAAAGGAUUUCUAUUCUCAAAUACCAGAUGUUUGUGAAUAGAAUGGAAGGGAAUACCUACCUAUGACUGAGUCAUCAUUGCCAUACCAGUAACUUAUCUGAGCCAUGUCCGGUAAACGCCGUCGUCCGCACCUCGCACGUCCUCCAUCCCUGACGAAGAAAUGUCGCAAAUCAUUCCUCCAGAGUUGGACGGCAUUUUUGUCUCGCGUUCCUAAUCUUCUUGCUCAGUUCCACACAUAGGACUUCGAAGAGGGAAGUUCUGCUUAUCCUAGUGAUCAAGUGUCACAAAUGUCUCCUUCAGAGUUGGACAGUUUUUUGUGGGGCUUUGCAAUCCUAGUCUUCCGGCCCAUUCCUACACAAAGGAAUUCAAACAGAAUUCAAAGAGGGAAGUUUUGCUUCUUCCGAUGGAGAAGUGCUACAAAUCUCUCCUUCAGAGUUGGACAUGUUUGUCUCGCAGCUCAGCUCCACACAUACAUGUACAUGUAGGAAUUCAACGAGGAAACCUGUGCAUCUUAAUUACCCUAAACAGCAACUGAAAUAGCUUGACUGUGGAGAGAUGUCAUAGUUUUAGAUGUACGUGAUGACAUAGCAGUGCUUCCCUCCCUGUGAGUUGUUCAAAACAGCCAAAAAUCUGGAGUGGGUCCUGGAAUUCCCAUUAAACUAAGUUAUUUUUUCUUAAAUUUUUUAGAUAAACCAAGAAGUCACAAUUCUUUGUGUCUGUAUACACUUUAUGGUUAUAACAGAUCAAUCAAUCUUACUGUACAAGGGUUAAAGAUGCUCAUGCGUGGGUAUAUAGAGGGCAGCACACGGACGUAUGCACAGGAGCGUAAUACCUGUUGGCUCAGUGUUAUGCAGUGAUUGCCAAGUUACCUACUUCAUGAACGACUAUAUACCCAUGCAAGAACAUCUUUAAAGUAUCACAACCUCAUCAUUAUUUGAUCGUUUUUUGUCUACAUUUUCUUUAUUUGUCAGAAAUAUAUAUCAAAUUCCAGUGUUUAUGCUUGAAUUGAGAGGAGGUUUGCUAACUGCUGGCAGAAAUCAUUUUCUGAGAAAUGAUGGGAUAUUUGAACAAAUUUUUUAAUGUAACUUUAGUGAUUCUGAUCAAAUUUGAUUGAUGAUACUAGCAAACAUCUGACCUAAUUAUACCAUUCCAUAAUAUAUUUCUGUUUAACUUUAACUAGCAAAAUAAAACACUAUACACGUGUAACAUCAAAGCAAUAGAAUAUACAUUUUUGUACGGCUUCUGAAAACUCUUCUAUGUCGAAAUUGAAAAUAUAGGUUUACAUCUACAUGUUCAUGUACAUGUAGAUGCCCGAGCAAUUUCAUAAUUCCAUGUUACUGCAUUUAACUUUAUUUUCCAAAAAGGAUAUCAGUAUUACCGGUAACUGUGUUAUUCCUUUUUGGGGAUUUCUGUUUCAAUAUGAAGGGGUACAGUCCACUGCAAGAUACAUCAAUAUUAUGAGGAUAUUAGCAGUUAUUUUUAUUUUUAUUUUCCGUAGAGAAGUUUGGGUGUUGUCGUGAAUAUUUUUCUUAUAUUUGUAUAUAGAUACAAUUGUAUAUUAACUUUGACUUGUGUAAAGGAUGUACCUGUAUAGAUAUUAUGCUUAUUGUUUAUAUUAUGAAUCGGCACAGAUGAUUAUAUUAUACCAGUUCACAAUGAUAGGGAAAAGGAAUUUUGAUUUGAUCAUGGUCGCAAACUUUGAAGAUAAAGUUGAGUUCUGGUCAUGCAACUGCAUUCUGAAAGAAACUGUGUGGAAGAGAGUGAAAAAAGUUGGUCAUGUAGCAACCAAGUAUAUAAAUGAUAAGAAAUCAGCCCAGUUUUGCAAAAGGUCACAUGCAAUUAACACAAAAAUGUGUAUACGGGACUACAUAAACAUGUGGCAUUAAAGUUGUGUUGUUGUUCUUGUCAUUAUUUCAAAUACGAGGGCAUUUGAAGAGCCACCCUCUUCAGGGGACAUUUCUUUCUAUUAUACUCUUCCACGCUGAGGUAAAAGUAAUAAAAAGUUCACAAUUUACAUCUUUCCCAGAACUGGACCUUCUCUUUAACUCUUUGUUUGCUUUGGUCAACUAAUUGAACAAUCAUGAGAUUGCCACAGUCAACCUUUGUCACAAGGACUGUUUCUAUGUAUCUUGAUAAUCAAAACCAUGUGCCAGUAUGGGUUUAGAUCAUUAAUUUCAGUAACUCCUUUGCUUGCCUCCAGAAACUAAAUUGUAUCGUGUGCAUUUAUGGAGCUAUUCCAAGAGGCAUUACACAUACUUAUUUUCCUGACCGUGAGAAAGUAGUAUUAAUUUUGAUGGUCAUUGGUCAACCUUUAAAGGUAUCGUGUAGACCGCUGAUAGCCAGAAGGGCUUUUAAUUUAAUUCCUAAAAACAGCAUUAAUGCCCUUCUGCUUCUAAGGAAAUGUGAUGACAAUCAGUCAGAAUAAUACAGAGAGUGUCUUAAAGGCUUUCAUAUUUUAAUAGCAGAUUUUACUUCUCUUUUGUGGCAAAACGUACCUGAACAUUAAAUUCUUUGAAUUCCUACCGCAUAAUGUAAUGAAAGAGAAGAAGAAGUGAUAAAUUGGAGACAUGUAAAGAAUUUGGCAUUUGAAGAUGGACAUUGAUUAAGUUAUUGGGCAAGAGUUUAACAAUUUUUAUGUAAAAUGAAAAUCUGUACAAGUAGAAAACAUUUGUUAAACUUAAUGUCUUACAUGCUGAAAAAGAAAGACUGCUCUUCAUUUGGGUUAAUGCAUCUAAUUUUCAUGUUUAUUUCUAGUGUUUUAUUUCCUUUUUAAUAGCAUUGUUUUGUUAUGUAACUUUAAAAUGAAGAAUACUUACUCCUUAUGGUAGAAUAUAUUUUUACAAAACUGCAAAGUCUGUUAAUUGAUGGUAAAGUGCUUUCAAACCUUCUUUCAUUAAUAACUUUUUAAGGGGUCUUUCAUUUUUAUGUUUUGUCAGUCUUUCUUUGUUUUAUUAGGGAGUAUUUGAUGGUAUUUACUGUGUGAUCAAAUCAGGUAUGGUUUGGAAAACAUUCCCAAUAUAAGAGUACGAUAUAGAACCUGUUACUCAUUGAAUACUGAAAGGGUAUAAGUAUCCAGUGUUUUUUAGGCCUUUAGCUACGGAUGAUAGCCCAACACAUUCUUAAUAUUACUGUCACAGAUUAAUCUCUUUACUAAUUGUUACACUUUGUCUCACAUUAUCACAUGCAAUACACAUAGCUAGAAUAAUAUUUCUAAUAUUUCUAUAAAAUUCUGUAAAGCUUUUGUAAAAGAUUGAAAAUUGCGGCAGCGGGCUGUCCAUAUAUUGAAUACUGCAUGUUUAUAUGUCCAAUUGUUUUAUUUACAAAUAUCCUUAUUACAGUACAUGUGCUGUGAUAAUUCCUGCAUAUUGAACUAAAACACUAAAUACCUUACUGCACAUGCUCUAUGUCAUCAAGAAAAUCCUUUUUGCACUGAAAUUGUAUGCAAUAAUGCCCUUCUAGUUCACCGCUAAACUUGAAGGCUUCCACUGUUCUUUAAAUCCAGGUUUUGAAAAGAUCAUAAAGGCAAUAAGAGUUCUGUCUUCCGCAUGAAUAACUUUGACACAAAGUAUCGGUAUGUCUUGAUCUUUUGAAUGAUUUACCUUACAUGAUUUAAGGGAUAAAUGGAAUAUGCAAUGCAUAGUUGAAUUAUAAUCUUUCUAAUGGUUCAUAAUCAUAGAUAAGGAAAACAAAUUAAAAUGUUGGAUAAUUAUGAGCUUGUUAUAAACACACAAGUGAAACAAAUUCAGGUGAAUUAAAUUUUCAAAGUGAAAACUUUUUUUUUUUUUUUUAAAGAUUUGAAUUAGCUUACAAUUAGACAUGAAUUUUUCAUGAAUAAAAAUAUUUGGAAAUUUUACCAAAAAAAAAAAAAAGACCACAGCCCUACAAGAUUCCUACAGGAGGACUGUAAUUUGAUUGCACUUUUUUUUUAAAGUUUGAUAUUUGCGCAAAUAACACAAAGCUAUUCCAUUGCCUCUUUUACAAUACAACACUUUUGUAAAAGUUACAGACAAAAUAUGUUUUCUCCUCCAAAUUCCACACAUCCACCCUUAAAAGAAGCUCACCAUGAAGCUAUCUUUUUUUGCAUAUCAGAAAUAGUGACAUGGUUGUGUUUACAGAUAUUGUUAAAUCUUCAUGUUAACAAUUUAUAACGGUGGUAAACGCA